GGCGCUGCGAGGUUAUGCGCAUGCUGCUAGCUGACCAGGGCCAGACUUGGAAGGAGGAGGUGGUGACCUUGGAUGCCUGGGGGCAGGGUACACUCAAGGCUUCCUGUCUGUUUGGGCAGCUCCCCAAGUUCCAGGAUGGAGACCUCACCCUGUACCAAUCGAAUGCCAUCCUGCGGCACCUGGGCCGCUCCUUCGGGCUCUACGGCAAAGACCAGCAAGAAGCAGCUCUGGUGGACAUGGUGAACGAUGGCCUGGAAGACCUCCUCAGGCACCUUGUCCAGCAGUUCCUCCGUAACUAUGAGGAGGCCAAGGUCCAGUACCUCAAGGAACUUCCAGGACACCUGAAGCCAUUUGAAACUCUGCUGGCCCAGAACAAGGGUGGCCAGUCCUUCAUUGUGGGUGACCAGAUCUCCUUUGCUGAUUACCGACUGCUAGACUUGCUCCUGAACCAUGAGCUCCUGUACCCUGGUUACUUGAAUGACUUCCCUUUGCUCUCUGCCUAUGUGGCACGCCUCAGAGCGCGACCCAAGCUCAAAGCCUUCCUGGAGUCCCCUGAGCAUGUGAACCGGCCCAUGUCUGCUCGCCUAAAGAUAUGA